UUUUCUUUGAAGACGUACCGUCCACCAACCAGUCCACUCCCAAGAAAGGACAUGAAGACUCUCCGUCGGAACACACAGAUCGUGAUUCAUCGAGAGAGAAAUCCUCAAGUGUGAGCAUGGCUGAGAUUCAAGAACAGCAGAGCAGCGUUCACUGUAGCCCAAGCAUAGAUGACAUCAGCAGGAGAGCUCAGGAAAUGGUGGAAAAAAUUAACCACAGACGUGCGAGUGACCAAAGCAUGAUGGAUAGCUUUCAAGAGAAGUUAAUAGAGAAGGUGACCGAGAUGUGCCAGCAGAUGAAGGGCCACAUGUACACAGUCUAUGAGGGGAACAGUGAUGACAUGCAGGUGAAGCUUCAGGAGCUGUCGGAGGUGCUGGACAGCUGCACCAAGCUGAACCAUGAACUUCUGGAGGCCAGUCAGGCCCUGGCAUGUCUCAGAGAGGAUCUGGGCCUAAAUCAGAGCUCAAACCAGUGA